GAAGUAAAAGUGAAGUUGGCUCUACUCGUCCCGCCUCCUUCACUUGUCGGUGCAGUCGGACUAAAACCCGCCCCUGCUCGUGUAUAAAUUCACACUGUGGGAGUGUGUGAGGAGACACAACGCUUCAACCACGUCUGCAGCCCCGUGGCUCCGAGAGGCCUCUGAUUUGUGGAUUACUCGAUGGAAAUGUCUGACGCAGUCAAACCUCUGACUUCCUUCCUCAUAGAGGACAUCCUCUCCAUCAAGGACAGCACGAGACUUAGUGGGAAAUGCUGCUCUCAGAAGAUGGAGAGAUGGAAAGAAGAAUCUGAAACGUUGUCGGAGGAGCUCUGCCCUCAGGAGACGCCGUUUGGAGUGCAGACAGAGUCUCUGGACUCAUCAUGUCCCAGCACCUCGGAGUCCAGCAGCUUUUCCUCCACAGGAAAACAGAAGCGCUCCAGAGCCGCGUUCACACACCUGCAAGUGCUUGAGCUGGAGAAGAAAUUUAGCCACCAGAAAUACCUGUCCGCCCCCGAGAGAGCUCACCUGGCCAGCACCUUAAGACUAACCGAGACCCAGGUGAAAAUCUGGUUUCAGAACAGGAGGUACAAGACGAAACGAAAGCAGCAAACAUCAGAGCUGUGUAAGGACGCGUACAAAGCAGAGAGGCUGGGCCUGAGAGACGAUUUUGUCCGAUCAUCACUAAUCACCUCCUUCUGUAAAGCCUAUCAAUACAGACCCUACCUGUGGGACUACAGUGGCCCCUGGGGGCCAACGUUAUGGUGAAGCUGAAAUGGUGUAUGGUGCUGUGAUUUGUUUUCAUGAAUCUACAUUUAGUAUCCCUGAUAUUUAGGCUCUGUGUUGAUUCCAUGUUGUUAGAUUUUGAACCCGUGUGUUACCAAACGUUUUUGUUCAUCAACACAUGCUGUAUUUUUUCACGCUUUAAGUCAGAAGACGUUGUGGUAAUGGAUACGAUGUUGGUUUGCACAAUGAAACUUGUCACCGAAGCUGUAACUUUUUAUUCAUUAUUAAAUUAAUGUUGAUUCACUUGUCUUUAAAGCUCCGUGUUAGAGAUAAUACAUCAACUGAGGUUGUGGGGAACACAGAAGCUCAGUUAAGACACGAGUCAACCCGAAGGUUUGUCACAUCCAGUCAGCAAACAAAGAAAAUUCACUGUGAAGAUUUAACUGCACCAUAACGCAGAAAAAGUGGGAAAACUCAUUUAAGUUGUUAAAUUAUUUGUCCAGUAAAUGAACAGGUCCAUUGUAUAUCAGUAAGUUCAUAAGGUAAAAGCGUCCCUCAUGUUUUCACUGCAGACAUUUAAACUAUCUGUGUGAGGAGUUAAACUCUGAUAAUGCUGCAUAAGAAGAUGAGACACGACAGAGAUGAAGGUGAUUUUGUAAGUGAGGGCCAGAGAAUGAGAUCUGAUUCCCAUAAAGAGCUCCCGACCUGAUGAAAACAUGGAGAUAAACUGCUCUUAAACUUUCCUGAGGUGACGUCAUCAGAAACAGCAAUUUCUUAUCUGAGUCAUUUUGGGGGGUUUAGCUUAAAGUGAGUUAGUGUGGCAGUCAAACAAAAAUGACUGUGAGUCCAUAGAGAUAAAAGGGUUUUAGACAAAUCUUGACUUGAAUGGGAAAACUGGAUGAGUCAAAUGUGCCACUGUGGAACAAACAAAAACUAACAAACAGUAACAGAGAUUCAACAAAAACAGAUUCAGAUACUUAGAAAUUUACAUUUUUUUCCCCCAUAUAAAAUGUAGAAAUACCAAUAAACAAAAAAAAAUACGUCAUUACAAGAAAAACUGCUUGUAAUGAAGGUUUGGUUUGCAUGCUCUGAUUAUUAAAUAUGAUACCAUUAAACUGAUACAUGUAACCGGCCUGUUACUGUUACUGAAGUACUUUUUAUACAGGAACACCAGCUGAGUGGUUGUGAGAUGCUUAAUAGGAGAAACAAAUCAGUUUUCAGGAUUUGUGCUUUUUCUCUGGUCUUUUUGGGAAGAUGCUGGAACUUUGUUGGAACAGUUACUGACAUGAAAGCAAGUUUAGUAAGAAAAAUCACUAUUCAGCAGAAUUUGUAACAACUCAUGGACAUCUGAGAAAUACAGAGUGCUCUUUGUAAGACGUCAGAAGCCAAAAAGCUCAGAAAACACAGAUUUAGUCUCUGAUAAUGUGCUGUAUUUUAAAAGCUUGAAAUAUAACAUGUAACUGAAGCUGUCGGCUGAAUGUCAGUGGUUUGAAGGUGUAAAGUAACUUAAAAUAGAAGCAAAACUUUACUUAAGUACAGUACUUGAGUACAAUGAUGCAUCCAUCCAUUUUCUAUACCGCUUAUCCUUCAGGGUCACGGGGGGGUUGGAGCCUAUCCAGCUAACUACGGGCGAGAGGCGGGGUUCGUCCUGGUCCGCUCGCCAAUCUAUUGCAGGGCUGACACACACAAAGACAGACAACCACUCACACACACACUCAUACCUAGGGGCAAUGUAGAGUAGCUGGUAUCAGCUGGUAUUGUGGGAGGAAGCCAGAGUACCUGCAGAAAAGGCACAGGGAGAACAUGCAAACUCCACAUAGAAGGGCCCAGACUGGGAUUCGAACCUGGAACCCUCUUGCUAACCACUGCACCACGGUGCCACCCUGAGAAACUUCUUUGAGUAAACAUGUCAGCGUUACUGUGUACAUGUCAUCCUUGAUC